ACACCUCGUUAUCUCUCUAGUUCUCUGCCCUGCGGCUAUCUACAACUAAAAAUGGCGACUAUCUGUGGCCCUUGUUCUCUAACAGCUAAAACCCUAUUCUUCUCUCCUAAAUCCUCUCCUUCACGUCGUCUUCUACUUCCUCCUUCCCUCCGAGUGAACUCACUUGCUUGCCUCCAGGCUCGCUCCCUCUCCAUCACUCGAGCCGCUGCGAAUGAUAGUGAUUACUCUUCAAAAAGAAGCAGCAUCAAUGAGCAGAGAGAGACGAUAAUGUUACCAGGAUGUGACUAUAAUCAUUGGCUCAUUGUCAUGGAGUUCCCUAAAGACCCUGCACCUACCAGAGAGCAAAUGAUUGACACGUACCUCAAUACUCUAGCAACUGUACUCGGAAGCAUGGAAGAAGCAAAAAAGAACAUGUAUGCAUUUAGCACCACUACCUACACUGGAUUUCAGUGCACUGUAUCUGAGGAAACCUCUGAGAAAUUCAAGGGAUUGCCUGGAGUUCUUUGGGUGUUGCCAGAUUCAUAUAUAGAUGUGAAAAAUAAGGAUUACGGAGGGGACAAAUAUAUAAAUGGGGAGAUAAUUCCUUGCAAGUAUCCUACUUAUCAACCAAAGCAGCGGAGAGAUUCCAAAUAUGUGAGCAAGAGAUAUGAAAGACGAAGAGAUGGCCCUCCUCCUGAAGGAAGAAGACCAAGACAAGAAGCUACACAGUCCGAAUCAGCAUCUGGAUAAGUUCAAUAAUAUCUCAAAUCUAAAGAUGGAUGUACUCAAUGAGCUGCUAUGGAUAUCAGGUGUGUGAUGGAGAGUGAAGACACUUGUUUAUAGGGAACUUGCCGAAUUUUUGUAAAUUCUGUUGUGGUUUUUAUUUGGAUAAGAGUUAUGAUGUAUGCUUGUCUACUGAAGCUUUGUUGAAGAGAAAUAUAUGAUUAAACUAAGAUUAGAGUUUGCUUAUAACCUUUAGUUUUAUGACUGAUUCUAUAUUGAUUAGAUGGAUUCUUUCUGGCCAA